AUGAUGAGUAUGUUGCUCAUAUCGCAGUUGCAAAGUGAGGAGGGGAUCAAGCAAGUGACUGGGAGGUUGGAUCAAUUGAGUACCCACAAUACGAUGCUAGAGAAUCAACUUGCCAAUCAAGCCUCUACAUCUUGCACCAAAGUAACAGGAAAGUUGCCCGCUUGCCCCGAAAAUCCUAGAGAACAUGUCAAUGCAAUUGUUACCAGGAGUGGAAAUGUACUUGGAGAACCAUCUCUUCCAAUCAAAACAUCAACUUCAAAUAAAAGUGUUGAUGUAGAGAUUGAGGAGAAACUUGAAGAGGAAGAAGUUGAACCGGCUGUCUUGACACCAAAGUCACAAAGUCAUGAUGAGGUAGAGAAGCUCGUGAGAAUGUAUGAACCACCAUUAUUGCCCUUUCCUCAAAAAUUUCAAAAGCAAGUUAAAGAGAAAGUUCCAUCUCAUGGAAAAUUUUUGAUGGACAUUCUUGCUAAGAAGAAGAAAUUUGGUGAUCAUGAGAUGGUGGCUAUGGCACAAGAGUAUAGGGCUUUGGCACGCAGUGAAAAUAGGAGCAUAUUGAAGCAUAGAGAUCUGGGAAGAUUCACAAUCCCAUGUUUUAUUGGAGGUCAUAUGAUCAAAAGAUCCCUUUGUGAUCUUGGAGCUAGUGUCAAUGUUAUGCCUUUAUCACUUUGCAAAAAGUUGAAUUUGGGAGAGCCUAAACCGAUCCAACUUACAUUGACAUUUGCGGAUCAAUCUACUACAAGUCCUAUUGGAAUUCUUGAAGAUGUUCCAGUUUGGGUAGAUACGUAUUGUGUGCCUUGUGACUUCAUUGUGAUAGAUGCCUCGAAGAAUCCUGAUGUUCCAAUCAUUUUGGGGAGACCAGGAAAAAGUAGAAGUUAA